AUCCUUUCUAUCUUUAAGUAUUUCUAAAGAGAAAAAAAGGAAGAAGAACAAUCUCUCUCUCUCUCUCGAACCCUAAAGCUCAAAAAGAAAAUGGCCUUCGUGAAGCUACUCGUGUCCAUUGCAAUAACAACCGCAAUCACAAUCGCAGUCAUCACAACCAUAACCAACAAUACAACCACCAUUAGAGAGUACACAAGCUUUGAUGCACCGAGUACGCCGACUAUAAGGCCGAACCGGUUAUUGGCUCAAAAGGAAGUAGGCGAGCGAAACCCUAACGCUGCAGACCAUUGCAACAGGAACCCUGAGAUAUGUACCCCCUACGGAGGGGGAGGAAGCAACUCGACGAUGACAUGCUGCAACAAUAAGUGCAUAGACGUGUCCAGUGACGACAAUAACUGUGGCGCGUGUAAGAACAAAUGCAAGUUCUCACAGACGUGUUGUCGCGGCCAAUGUGUUUACGUAGCUUACGAUAAACGCCAUUGUGGACAGUGUAACCAUCCGUGUGAGCUGGGCGAGUUCUGCGUCUACGGUCUAUGUAACUAUGCGUGAAUAAUCGAUCCAUCAUCACAAGAGAGGGGUGUAUAUAUAUUACACAACAAAUUAAACUAAAGCUAAUUAAAAGUCUAUCACUCUUUUAACAAAAAAAAAAAAGAGAAGAAAAAGACUCUAAUACAUAUAUAUACAGGUUAAACAAUUAUUCACAUUGGAUGAUGUUAUGUCCAAUUAAUAAGUGGUGGGUGUGGGUGUAAUUUUAAAUCCCAUAACAUUUUGA